GCUGCCAAUUCCUUAAACGAGUUCCUGGGCGCGCUCUCAUAUAAAAUGAGAGAAUUUCGUAUCUAGAAUCCUAUGCUUUAGUUCCAAAAACAGCUGUUAAGUAAAUAUAUUUAGCGACGCUGAUUAUUUAUGUUAAUUGAAACUUGUAUCGCAUUUGUUUUCGAAAAAGAAGUAUUUCUUACAAGCAAUGUCAUCAGCAAUUUAUUUAGAAAACUAUCUUGACGGAUUGGAGUCAUUGCCGACCGAAUUAGAGCGCAACUUCAAAUUGAUGCGCAAAUUAGAUGAUCGUGCCCAGACUGCAAUGAAAAGCAUCGAUUCUCGGGCGAAAGAGUUCAUGCACAAACUUGCGGCAAAUGGAGGCUGCUCUAUGGCAGACGAUGAACGUAAAGAGCGUCUUAUGGACAUUCAAGCACUCUUUGGCAAAGCGAAGGAAUACAGCGAUGACAAAGUGCAGUUGGCCAUUCAGACAUACGAGUUGGUGGAUAAACAAAUACGACGUCUGGACAAUGAUUUAGCUCGCUUCGAGGGUGAAAUACAAGAGAAAGCAUCCUCUACUCGUAGCAAAUCAGAAGAAGCGGUGGUAAAAAGCCGAAAGAAGACAAAGGACACAAAAACGCCGGGGAAACGAAAACGUACAGGUUCAUCGGAUGAAGAAGCACGAGCAAACGCCACAAAUGUGACAACAAGUUGUAGUGGUGGUGGAGCUAGUGGAGGCGGGCAAGGUAGCAAAAAGAAAAGGGCGAAGGUAAAUCAAGAAAAAGAAACACGCAAGGGGGGUCAAAAGAAAAAUGCAGAAAUUGAGGAUUCUGAAAAGGAGUCAUGCUUAACAGCCGCCACACAUCCAAGCGAUGUGCUAGAUAUGCCGGUGGACCCGAAUGAACCUACUUAUUGCUUGUGUCAUCAGGUUUCCUACGGCGAAAUGAUUGGUUGUGAUAAUCCAGAUUGUCCUAUCGAAUGGUUCCACUUCGCUUGUGUUGGCCUCACAACAAAACCUAAAGGAAAGUGGUUUUGCCCGAAGUGUACGCAGGAUAGAAAGAAGAAAUAAAUACGCAACAACAUUCGGUUCAACAACGUUACCGGAACGACCCAGAUUUAUAUCCGGCCAAGGACUGUCACUUCAGCAGCAUUCUCCCAACAUGUAUGGUGAAUGUUUUUGCUAUAAAAACAACAACGCCAUAAAAUCUUCGGAGAGCGUUGUUAUUUUAUUACUGCUAUCUUUAAUACGUUUUAUAUAAUUGAAGUAUCAAAAUAAGAUAAAAUAUUUUGUAUCAAAAAUAUUACUUUUUCACCUAUUCAAAGCAAUUUGUAGAAUUUUAACCAACCAACUUCUUUUACCUUGUAGGAUUUUGCUUUUGCAACAAUAAACUAUUUUUUUUAUAGAAAAAAUUUAAAUUUCAAUAAGAUGCAUUUUUAAAAUAUGAAUUGUUUAAACGUUUCUUUUUUUUAGUACUUGACAUUUAAAAUGUCGAAGGCGAUUUAAGUUGUGUUUUCUAAAGUCCUAAGGCUUAAUAGGCAUACUUCUCAUUCAAAAAGUUUCAGUAUACUUUGUAAAUCUUUCGAUUAAAAAUUAUUUUAAAGGGUGCAUGUGUCAAAAAAUA